AUGGCGAUGAAGCAAACUAGGGAAGGAAAAUGGGCUACGAAGCCUCUGUUCAAAAGUCGCUCGGGUGCAAAAGGAAUGUUCUGUUAUGUCUAUUCCUUUGAUACGUCUCCAGACGCGGAGUCUUCGGCGGAUGAAACUCUUCAACAUGUUGAUUCGGCGCCUGAAACGGCUUCUGAUUUUGCUUACGAUUCGGAUUCGAAUGGAGAUGCUACUUCGGGAAAUGCUAUUGAGGGAAAUGCUCCUUCGGGAGAUGAGCAUCGACACCUCUUCUUUCUUUUGCUGCUGAUCUCACAUCGACUUCGUCACCUUCUUGUUCAGGGUCAUCAGAUGAGAGAUCUUCCUCCGACUCCGAUAAAUCGGUCAAGCGGGAGGCUACCCUCGACUCACCUCUCUCUCUAUAAAAAACCCCUCCCCAGAGGAGAGCAGAGGGUCGAAAGAGAGUAUGUCCUGGAUUCCCGGAUUCAUUCUCGUCCUGAUCCACCAUGGAAUUCUCGGAAUCUACAAAAACAUUGACGGAGAGGGCUCGUAAUGAUCUUCUCAAAGAUCACAAGGUGCUGAAGUGGCAGGAUAGGGGGGUGACCGGGUGGUGGUGGUGGGGGGGGAUCCGUAGGUUUUUUUGAAAGGGAUGCUCUUAUCAUGUUAUUGCUGAAAAGAAAAACCGAAUUCCUCUUUUUAUAUAAUAUGUAUAUAAAUCAGAGUUCGCUUCGCACCUCUAUUUGAUGUCGAUUCAUCCACACUUCCAUUCCUUGUAGAGGAAGGCUAACUGCUUGCUGGCUGGGAGCUGUAUGAGCGGUAACGUCCACGUACGGCUCCGUGAGAAGGGCGGUGGACGCUAACGCGCACCUUGUUGUACCUCACUCCCG